AUGAAAACCCUGCCUCGGAGAUCAUAUACUACUCAAUUGCAUACCCUAUUGCCGAACUUCUUAAAUCUCACAAAUUGCCAUGCUUCUGGUUGUGUGGAGCAAGAAGUAAACACGGGAGGUUUGUGGUUUCUUACCGAAAUACCCCCCAAAACUAACUGCCCAUAUAACAUGCAACAUAGUAUGGUGGACUGCAGGAGUCCGACUCCCACGGCUAAUGAGCCCCCAGCCAACGUCCCCCUCCCAAUGAACGAAACCUUUCUUGCUAUAACCCGCACCCACGGCUUUGCAGGAUUAGUCUCAAACAACAACGCUUCAUCCCCCCUCGUACAAAAUGGUCCUCCUAAACAAAAUCCUCUUAGGAAAUCAACAACUUCAACACGAAGGCCGCCAAAUCAACCCUCACCGAAGAAUAUGAAAUUACAGAAUUUCUUCCCUCUCCAUAAUGUUAUGCCUCUUAAGGCCAUGAUCCCCUUUUCGUCACUUUCUAGCUAG